UAUAUGUUAAAAGGUUUCUUUUCUAUUGUCUUCAUCAAUUCCACAAUCCACAUGAUGACUAAUGGUGAAAAAAAGUUGCAACUCUACUCUUGUUUCAUAAGCCAUCCCUCAUUUAGUGUUCGAAUUGCUCUCAACUUGAAAGGACUUGAUUAUGAAUGCAAAUCCAUUAAUGUGUUCAAAGGAGAGCAGAGCCAUCCUGAGUUUUUAAAAAUCAGCCCUAUGGGGUUUGUGCCUGCUCUUUUAGACGGUGACAUGGUGCUUGCUGAAUCUUCUGCGAUCAUAUUGUACCUAGAUGACAAGUACCCUCAGCAUCCUUUGUUACCUCAUGAUCUUAAGAAAAGAGCAAUAAAUUAUCAGGCUGCAAAUAUUAUCUCUUCAACCAUACAACCUACUUUAAGGAUACCUAUUUUGGCUUACAUCAGAGAUAACGUUGGUCCUGACGAAAGGAUUACAUGGGUUCAUAAGCAUCUUGGAAAAGGCUUUACUGCUUUGGAGAUUUUACUAAAAGAUCAUGCGGGAAAGUAUGCAACCGGAGAUGAAAUUUGCUUGGUUGAUGUGCUUCUCGCUCCCCAAAUCAUUGGUACAUUAGAGAGAUACAACUAUGAUAUUAGUAAUUACCCUCUUCUAUCUAGGUUGAGUGAGUCAUACAAGCAGGUACCUGCAAUUCGUAAUGCCCUUCCUGAAAACCAGCCUGAUUUCCCAAAAGAAGUUAAAGGUAUCAUCUUAAUCAGGAUUUAUUAGGCUAAGCGGGGCAUAGCCUCAUAAAACGGACGGGUCGGAUUGAGUAAUGGGUCAUUCCAAGUUUGGGUUCGGGCCAAACUGGAACAUUUUAGAAACAUAUCAAUUUGGUUUGGGCAACGCCGAUCCAAACCUAAAUGAGUUUGGGUUGGUUUAGAAAAAAUAGAGUACGAAAUAAAAUGAAAUAUUAACACAAUUAAA